AUGUCAAAUAUUUCAACGCGUGCUGACCAAAACGGGAGCAACAAACAGAAAAAUUCACGGGAUUAUGAAGCGAACGUUUUUCUGUUGAGUGAGGUUUAUGCAGAACUUGUAGAUCAACAGACGGGAGUUAGCAGUUUUAUGAGUGGAGUGCUUUCUGUUGUUGAAAAGUCUUGGGGCGUCUUUUUGGAAUGGAAGCCUUGUGGACCUCUAACGGAUUCAAAUAUCGAUAAAGACGAUGACACUUCUGAAUGGGUCAUUGAAGAAGCCACAGAGGCUUUGAUUGAAAGCUCGAUUUCUGGCAAAACAAAAAAUUCGUCAAGCCGAAAUUCCCCUUCGAACGGAUCAAAUCCUUCCUCAAAAGAAAGAGAAGAAGCUUUAAAACAACAACAAAAAUAUUGUUUUUCUGUUGAUUUGAAUUCUCUUCGUUCUUUUCAACAUUCAAGUUUUAAAAGAGACCCAAUUUGGAUACGUUUUAUAUGUAAAGAUGGUACUGAUUCAAGCAAUUAUCAUUUACGCGGUGGGGGAUACGAAUCGUUGGUUAAUUGUCUUCAAAGAUAUGUCUUUUUAACUCGUUCAUCUCGAGCAGAAAAUUUGGUGAUAAUUACUGACAGUCGAACCGAUGCGCUUGAAAAAUCUGUUGGGAUGUUGAAUUUAGACAAGAAGGAUAUUCUUACGCGUUUCUUGGCGAAUCCAUAUGCAACGUUAAUGACUCAAGCAACAAAAGUAACAUCUGCACUUGCACCACUUCUUGAUGUUGAUGCUAUUAAUGCUGAAGCUGAACUUCGGUAUUUAAGAGAACGACAGCGUGCGGCAGAGGAUGAGGCUGCUAAACUCAGAUCACACAAUGAAGCAGGAUUUGAGCAUAUUUUUCAACUGGAUUUGCCUGCUCGUCCACGCAUUUUACAGCGAGAUCCACCUGUUGAUUCAACAGUUUGGGAAAAGUUUCGAGCUCCAGAUGGCCACAUUGAAGAUGCGCAUGGUCUUCUUUGUUUGGUAUUUAGAGGUGGAAUUGUGCCAGAAAUGCGUUGUACUAUUUGGAAAUAUAUUCUUGGAUAUUUUAAAUGGGACUGGUCUGAUGCUAAAAAUGCUGAGAAUCGAACAAAACUCGAAGAAGAAUAUUAUCGAAUGAAGCUUCAAUGGGUAACUAUAACGGAUGACCAAGCAAGUCGUUUCUCUAGUUAUCGUGACAAAAAAGCUUUGGUAGAGAAGGAUGUAGCACGUACAGAUCGAAGCCACCCAUAUUUUAAUCAAUCAAAACCUAAACAUUUGGAAUUACUUCAUGAUUUGUUAAUGACUUAUUGCAUGUAUGAUUUUGAUUUGGGUUAUGUACAAGGAAUGAGUGAUUUUUUAAGUGUUCUUUGCGUUGUGCUUCGAAAGGAAUCUGAUAUUUUUUGGUGUUUUGUUGGGUUAAUGGAACAUGUGCACAAAAAUUUCGAAUUAGACCAAGUACAUAUCAAAACACAAUUGUCCCAGUUGAAGAGUCUUGUUGAAAUUGUAAACCCGCGUUUGGCUAUUUAUUUGGAAAGUCAAGAUUCUGAUCAUAUGUAUUUUUGUUUUCGAUGGAUUUUGGUUUUAUUUAAACGAGAAUUGUCAUUUGAUGAUUGUCAAUAUCUUUGGGAAGUUCUGUGGACAGGAAUACCAUGCCGUACUUUUAUGCUUCUUUUUUGUGUUUCUAUUUUGGAUACACAAACUGAUAUUAUUAUUGAAAAUCGUUUUGGUUUAACAGAAAUUUUGAAGCACAUUAACAAUUUGUCUAUGCACAUUGAUGUACAAAAAACCUUAUGUACAGCUGAAGCAAUUUACCAUCAAUUAGCAGCAGUUCAAGACAAAUUGCCUAGGCACAUUUGUGAAAUUUUGAGUUUUAAUCAUGCAGAAAGUAUUUCUUGUAAUAAUAAUGAAAGAAAAGAAAAUGGAAAAUAA